ACAAUUGAGGAUCUGAAACACACGCUUCAUCAUUCCAACAUGCAAAAGAAUUGUUAGAACAUAGAAGGUGUUUUCAACUGCUUCUCCAACAUUUGAUUUCUGCAAUUUUUUCACAAACAAGGGAAGCACAAUGGACGCCACUCACACAAUGUUUUGUGACAAUGAUCUGGUUAACCCUCUAAGCUCCAUGGGCAUGCAAGUUUCCUGCAUUCUUGUUGUCUCACACGUCUUCAACGUGGUGCUUAGAACAGUUGGUCAACCUGGACCCAUUGCACAAAUUCUGGCAGGGUUGGUACUAGGUCCAAUGUCUCAUAUAGAGUAUAUACAAGCAACAUUUUUUCCUGCAAGUUCCAUAAAUUACUAUGAAGUUGUGAGCUUUUUCUGUAGAAUACAUUUCAUGUUCUUAUUUGGGUUAGAGAUGAACAUUCACUACACAAUGCGCAAUCUACGCUUGGUUAGCUUGGUAGCCUGUGGUGGUGCCCUAAUGGGUGGUGUUUUUGGUCUAUCUGUGUCCUUUUAUUUGUAUCAAGAGUUAGACACAGAUGCCCCAAUAUAUUAUUUUUGUAUGAUUAUUAUGCUAGUGGUUUCAUACACAAGCUCUCCCAUGGUGAUUCGUUUGGCAGCGGAAUUGAGGUUUGCUGCAUCGGGUAUUGGGCGAAUCGCGGUGUCCUCUGCACUGAUUACAGAAAUCGGUUGCUUGGUGUUCUUCAAUGUGAUGGUUAAUUGGAAAAGAGAAAACCACAUUUCAGCUGGUUUUGGUUGCAUUAUCAUUACAGCCCUGGUGAUUUUGAUAAACAGGUACUUAGCUGUUUGGUUAAACACACGGAAUCGGAACCAGAAGUACCUUAAGGCACCUGAGCUGUUACUCAUCCUGUUUCUGCUUCUGGCGAGCUCAAUGAUUAUUGAGAUUUGGGGUUACAAUAGUAUCAUUAGUUGCUUCAUCAUUGGCUUGAUGUUUCCUAAGGAAGGCAAAACGGCUAGAACAUUGGUGCAUAAGCUUGGUUAUUCUAUUUAUAACUUUGUGCUUCCAGUGUACUUUGGCUACUUGGGUUUGCAAUGUGACCUCAUAUAUGUCUUCCGGAGCUUGAACCGGAUGGCGAACACGGCCAUAUUGAUCUUGUUGAGCAUUGGCAGCAAGCUUGGAGGCACUCUUGUGGUUUGCCGUUCCCUUCGGAUUCCCACAAGUGAAGGAAUUUUUCUUGGCUUCAUAUUGAACACUAGAGGUUAUGCUGAUCUGCUAUUCAUUGGUGCAGCAGCAAAGCAAAUCAUUACGUUUGAUUCAGAGGCUUACAAUGUGUUGUUAGUAUCAAUAGUUUUGAACACGAUAAUAUCAGGAAUAAUUGUGGCUUUUCUAGCAAGGGGGGAAGAGAAAAUGUUUGCAAACAACCACACUGCAAUUGAGCCUCAGCAAAUGGAGGAUGAGCUUCGAAUUCUUGCCUGUGUAUAUGAUCCGCGUCAAGUAUCUGCUAUACUCGCGACAGUGCUAGCAAUGCACGGCACGAGAGCAUCACCAUCCACCACUUAUUUGAUGCACCUAAUAGAGCUUGUGAAGAAGAUCAAGUCUAACUUAUUAUACCAUGAAAAAGAAAACGCUGACAUUAGCGACGAUGAUGACUAUGGUGGCAAUGAUGUUGUGGAAAUCAAUAAUGCUUUAGAUGCCUUCACUGCAGACACAGCGAUUUUGGUCCACCAAAGAAGGGCAGUGUCUCCUUUCCCAAGUUUGUAUGAAGAUGUUUGCAAUGAAGCAGAGGAUCUUCAAGUGUCCAUCAUUCUACUUCCCUUCCACAAGCAUCAGCGAAUCGAUGGAAAAUUGGAAAGUGGGAAGGAAGGUAUAAGGAUUACCAAUCAGAAGGUUCUUAGACAUGCUCCUUGUUCUGUUGGUGUCAUUGUAGAAAGAGGACUUGCAAAGGUCCCUGGUUUCUCACAGUUAGUUGCAUCUGAAGCCAUACAAAAUAUUGCAACACUUUUCUUCGGAGGCCCGGAUGAUCGUGAAGCUAUCGCUUGGAGCCUACGCAUUUCCAAAAGCCCUCGAGUUAACUUAACGAUCAUCAGAUUUCUGCUGUCUUCUUCUUCAUCAUCACAGAACGAACCAAUUGAAAGUGGACAAUCUGAGGACAAAGAAAUUCUAAUGUCCUUGUCUGGGGAAGAGACAGUGAAUGAGAUUGACAACACCUUUAUGGUUGAUUUCUAUAAUAGGUAUGUAACCUCAGGCCAAAUUGGAUAUGUGGAGAAGUUUGUGAAGGAUGGAGCAGAAACAGUGGACUCUUUGAAAGAGAUAGGGGACAUGUACUCUUUGUUUAUAGUAGGAAAGGGUGGUAGAGGAAAUAGUUCAUUAACAAUAGGUAUGAGUGAUUGGGAGGAGUGUCCAGAACUUGGAACAGUUGGUGAUGUCUUGGCUUCUUCAGACUUUGAUAUUCAUGGCUCAGUUUUGGUCAUUCAACAGCAUAGAGAUGCCAAGAAAGGCCUAAUGCACGAUUAGCUAUUAUAAGUACAAUUUAGACUUGUUCAUGUAUCUACAUUAUGAAAAUAGGUGUACAAAGGGAACAAUUUUUUGUUUUUCAACAAUGUAUUGAAGAGAAAAAAAAAUGCUAUACAUUUUUUAUAACUUUGCAUGUUAAUCUCAGUUAUUUUUAGUUUGAGAUCUGUA